AUGGGCACUGCUAAACGACCAAACUUCCUCAUCAUAGUUGCCGAUGACCUUGGCUUCAGCGAUAUCAAGCCGUAUGGCUCUGAGAUUGACACUCCUGUCUUAGACCGUCUAUCCAAAGAUGGCAUACGCAUGACCAACUUCCAUACCGCGCAGGCAUGCUCGCCUACACGGUCCAUGCUGCUGUCUGGCACCGAUAACCAUAUCGCUGGAAUCGGUCAGAUGGCUGAGUUUGCCGAGAUGAGGAAGAAGCUUACUGGUAAAUACCCUGAUUACAUUGACAAGCCGGGCUACGAAGGCUACCUUAACUGGAAAGUCGCUGCUUUGCCCGAAAUCCUCUCUGACGCAGGCUACCUGACCAUUAUGUCUGGAAAGUGGCAUUUGGGAAUGACUCCUGCCGUUUCGCCGAGCGCAAGAGGUUUCAAGAAAAGCUUUGGUUUCUUACCUGGCUGUGGCAACCACUUCAACUACGAACCGCAGUUCGAGGCAGAUGAAGAUACGAUGUUGUUAACAUCUGAUGGCUUUUGGAUGGAGAAUGAGAAGCCCGUUGAUAGAAAGAAGGACUUACCAAAGGACUUUUACUCAACCAAUUUCUUCACGGAAAAGAUGAUCGACAUGUUAGCCAACAGAACCGAGAAAGAAAAAGAACAGCCAUUCUUUUCGUACUUGGCCUACACGGCGCCACACUGGCCAAUGCAGGCGCCGCAAGAAGUUGUAGAGAAAUAUCGCGGCAAGUAUGAUAAUGGGCCAGACAAACUCAGACUAGACCGCUUGGCCAAAUUGAAAGCAUUAGGUCUUGUGCCGUUUGAUGUCGAGGCUGCCCCUCCCGUUGGUUUCGAAGCGGGCGUGAAGUGGGAAGACCUAACGGAUCAUGAGCAAGCUGUUUCUGCAAGGAAGAUGGAGGUCUACGCAGCCAUGGUUGAUCUGCUCGAUAAGAACAUUGGCAGAGUAGUUGAUGCACUUGAAGUAUCAGGCGAACUGGACAACACUUUCAUCUUGUUCAUGUCAGACAACGGCGCAGAAGGAUCUACGUUGGAAGCAGCACCUCUCUUGUCAUCGUUCAAGACGUUGGGCGAAUUGAUUGCUGUACACUAUGACAACAGUCUCGAGAAUAUCGGUAGACACGACUCGUACGUCUGGUACGGCUCACGGUGGGCAUGUGCUGCCACUGCCCCUUCUCGCGGGUUCAAGGGAUGGUCAACGGAGGGCGGGAUCCGCUGCCCUUGCCUUAUUCGCUUCCCUCCAAUUUCAGCAGCUCCCGAGACUAUUUCGCAUUCAUUCACAACUGUCAUGGAUAUCUUACCCACCAUUCUCGAUCUUGCACAGGUGCAACACCCAGGGACCUCCUUCAGGGGCCGAGAAGUCGUUGUCCCUCGAGGAAAGUCCUGGGUGAACCAUCUCUCGUCCCCCACGGAACACCCUACCGUCCACGGAAAUACGAAUCACAUCCACGGUUGGGAAUUGUUCGGCAAUCGUGCCAUCCGUAGAGGAAACUGGAAAGCAGUGUUACUAGCAAAGCAGGGUGGAGAUAGUUGGGAGCUGUUCAAUGUAGAGGAAGAUCCGGCUGAGCAACAUGAUCUGGCCAAGAAGCGUCCUGAGGUCCUGGAGGAAAUGCUUGUACACUGGGCGACGUAUGUUGCUGAGACGGGGUUAGUGGAAGAUGCGUUCUAA